CUUAUGGGGUUGGAACAACAUGAGGAUUCUCUUAAGCACUCAUUGGGCCUCUCUGAUUGGCUGCUGGUUGGACAGCUCUAUUGUUCCUCUCCGCUCUCCACCCAGCUCCUGUGCCCUCACAAAAAUGCCAAUAGCUCAUGGAAAUCUGCCUGCCUUGGCAUAAUUGAGCUUCACACUAUUCAGUCUUAUAAUAUUUUUUGGGGAAGAAAAAAACAGUGUGUUUGUAGGAGCAAGAUGUACAGCUUUAUGGGAGGUGGGUUGUUUUGUGCAGGAGUAGGGAACAUACUCCUGGUGAUCUCCACCGCCACCGACUACUGGAUGCAGUACCGCCAGUCCAGCAGUUACAUGCAUCAGGGUCUGUGGCGCUACUGUGUGCCUGGAAAAUGUAUGAUGCACACAGACAGCAUCGCAUACUGGGAUGCGACCCGGGCCUUCAUGAUCCUGGCUAUCCUAGCUUGCUUCUUUGGCAUCAUCAUCGGUGUCAUGGCUUUCAUCAAUUACUCCCCCUUUAGCGGCUUUGACAAAACGUUUUCUGCAGGAAUUCUCUAUUUCAUCUCAUGCUUCUUUGUUCUGCUGGCCAUGGCUGUCUACACUGGCAUGACAGUCAACUACUAUGGAAAACGAUAUGGGAACUGGCGGUUCUCUUGGUCCUACAUAAUGGGUUGGGUUUCUGUGGUGCUCACAUUCUUUUCAGGGAUCUUCUAUAUGUGUGCCUACCGGAUGCAAGAGCCAAGAGGCCCAAUGUCACGCUGAGGCUUCUCAUCCUAGAUCUGCUAUUCGAACCCUUCAGUCUGAAUGUGAACUAUCAUGUCAUCCCUGAUCCCAAUCCUUUUAGACCUGUCAUUUAUUGUUUAUUUUAAAAUCGCAGAACACACACUAAUAAAUGACUAAUACAA